AUGUUUCCUUUAGCAAAAAUCAAAGACAAGAAGGGGCAAGUAACAGGAAGUGAGAUGAGUGCUCAUGGAAAGGCAUCUUUAUCUGGCCUGGGGUAUGAGGAAUUUUACGCCUGCCUCAUCAAAGAGGUGGACAUCUACACCGUGAAAGUGGAGGACCUGACCUUCACCUCGCCCUUCUGCCUGCAAGUGAAGCGGAACGACUACGUGCACGCGCUCGUGGCCUACUUCAACAUCGAGUUCACGCGCUGCCACAAGCGCACCGGCUUCUCCACCAGCCCCGAGUCCCCGUACACGCACUGGAAGCAGACCGUAUUCUACAUGGAGGACUACCUGACGGUGAAGACGGGCGAGGAGAUCUUCGGCACCAUCGGCAUGCGGCCCAACGCCAAGAACAACCGCGAUCUGGACUUCACCAUCGACCUGGACUUCAAGGGUCAGCUGUGCGAGCUGUCCUGCUCCACCGACUACCGGAUGCGCUGAGCAGCGCCCAGCGUCUGCCGCCCCGGCCGGCCGGCCCUGCGUGGCCCGUGGCGUUCCUAGGCGGUUCCGGGGCUCCCCCUUCCUCUCCCUCCCUCCCACAGAAGAGGGUUUUAGGGGCCUGGGCUGGGGGGAUGGGGAGGGCACAUCGUGACUGUGUUUUUCAUAACUUAUGUUUUUAUAUGGUUGCAUUUACGCCAAUAAACCCUCC